AUGAGGGAGGAGCCUGCGAAUGUCGACGCCCACGCCGCGUUUUCACACACCGCACGGGCUGCAUGCGCUGAAGAAGGGAGUCUCCUCGCAGCCGAGGCCGGAGCGGCGGCCGCUGGAGACGUUGAGUGUGUCAUCCCGGCUGCGUCUGCCCUUCCUCUGGCGCUCGUGGAGAGCCAAGCUGCGUGCGCGGCGCGUGAUGGAGGAAGGGGGAGGGACGUUGAGGCUGCCGCGCGGCCGCAAGAAAGCGGAGAGUCCACCGACGGAGACGCCGCUCUUGCGCCUUUUCUGCCGCCUCCCCCCCGGAAGCGCUUGAUGAUUGAACGCGUCGUACUUGAGAACUUCAAGAGCUACGGGAAAAAGAAGGUCAUCGGCCCCUUCCACAAACGCUUCACGGCGAUCGUCGGCCCGAACGGCAGCGGCAAGAGCAACGUGAUUGACGCAAUGCUUUUUGUGUUUGGGCGACGUGCACAGCAGAUUCGGCUGAAGAACGUCGUCGAGUUAAUUCACAACUCCGCGGCCGCCGGCGGGGCGGGGGGCGAACCGCUGCAGUCUGCGCGAGUCACCGUUUUCUUCCAAGAAAUCAUCGACCAGGACCCAGAUUCGGAGACCUACGAGGUGGUGCCCAGUUCGCAGUUUGUGAUUUCCCGCGAGGUCUCGCGCGCGUCGAACUCGACCGAGUACCGCGUCAAUGGCCAGAAGGCUCAACAGCGCCAAGUCGUCGAGCUGCUCAAGUCCAAGGGCCUCGACCUGCAAAACAACCGCUUCCUCAUUCUGCAGGGAGAAGUCGAGCAAAUCGCGCUCAUGAAGCCCAAAGCGACGCGGCCGGAGGAGACGGGCCUGCUUGAGUACCUCGAGGAGCUCGUGGGCUCGAACCGGCUGAUCGAGCCCAUCCAGAAGGCGCAGGAGGACUACGAGGCGUCGUGCCAACAGUACCAAGAGAAAGCGAACCGCUGCCGCGCAGCCGGCCUGGAGGUCAAGCAGCUAGAGGGCCCGAAGCACGAAGCCGUCAAGUUCCUCCAGUUCGAAAGGCGGAGCCAACUGAACGCGCUGCUGCUCGCCGCGCUCGACGGGCGGGAGUUGAGCAACGCGUACUGCGAGAGGCGGCGCGAGCUGGCCAAGCUGGAGAAGCAGAAAGAAGAAGACGAGGAGAGGGGCGCUGCGCUCGCGAAGCAGUUUGAGACGCUCAGCAAAGAGUUGGAUGAUCUCUUCAAGAAAGACAGAAAACUGCAGACGCAGUUCGCCGAGGUCGACGGCAAGUUCAACCAGAUGGUGUGGCGCGACGAGGAGCUGCGGAACGAGCUGUUCAGCGAAGCGCAGGCUUCCGAGGAGAAGACGCAGAAGGUGAAGGCAAAUUCGCAGAAGCGCGAGGAAGAGCAGCGCCUGAUCGAGUCGCGGCAGAAGGAAGUCGACGAGAAGCGAACUCAGAUCCCUGCCGCCGAAGAGGCUUACGAGAAGGCGAAGGACGACGUUGAGAGCUACAGGGACUCCAUCAAAGACGAAGUGCGCACGCUGGCGUCGCGUCACAGCGAGGCCGAGAAGCGCCUCGCGCCGCUGCAGGCGGCCCUCGACGACCAGAUGAAGACGAUGGCGAAGCUCAACAAAGAAAGCUCUCUUUUAGAGAAGAAGAGACUUCGCGGCGAACAGGAGCACAGGAGUCUGGAGGAGAAUCUGACGAAGCUGCGGCAGUUGCUGCAGGACCGAGCGACCGGCACAGAGCAGAAGAAAAACUUGCUCGAGGCGAUUCAGACUGAGCGGAGGGACGCACGGAAGAGGAAGGAGGCUCUGGCCGCUGAAGUCCAGAGUCUGCGCGAAAAGCUGCGAGAGACGCAGACGAAGGCGCACAAGAUCGAAGCGCGUCGCGUCGAGUCGCGGUCUAACAGCCGCGUCAUGCAAGUCCUGCAGCAGAUGAAGAGGAAGGGAGAAAUCAGGGGCCUGCACGACAGACUCGGCGAACUCGGAUGCAUCGACAGAAAGUACGAAAAGGCGUUUAUGGCAGCGGGAGGAGGAUUCUGCUCCUUCCUCGUCGUCGAGGAGCCGCAAGACGCGACAGCCGUCUUUCAAGUUCUCCGCCAGAAGGACCUGGGGCGCGUCAACGUGCUGGCGCUGCAGGUUCUGGAACGAGAUCUCUCUGGGUACAUGCAGCGCUCCGACGCGGAAGCGCGGGCGAGCGAGUCGCCGUUUCCGCGCCUGAUUGACCUCGUUUCUCUGAAGAAAGAGCGGUACCGCAUCGCCUUCUACAAAGCUGUGGGAGACACCAUCGUCGCCCCGAACAUGGACGAAGCGACGCGCAUCGCCUACUCGCAGAGGAAGCGCGUGGUCACGUUGGAUGGCGGGUUGAUUGAAGUCGACGGGCGCAUGGUCGGCGGAGGCGUCCGCGAGCGCAGCAACGGGCAAGGCAUCCGCGUGGCUGACGGCGCGGGCGCGGCGAGCAUCCGCGAAGAAGAGAGAGAUGACGAAGAGGAGGAACGGCUGCUGCCUGAGCUCAAGGAAAGCAUCCGCGCGAUGGAGCAGAGGCUGCAGGCGGCGCUGCGAGAGAUCGAAGAACUUGAGGAGCAGCUAUCGCGUCUGGACGCGCAGGAGGACGAAGCGGAAAACAGCGUGGCGCUUCUUCAGCAGGACGUUCAGGCUGCAGAGAGGCAGAUUCGAGAGGUCUCGGACCGGCUGAAGGCGCACAGCAAAGAGAGCUUGACAGCCGAGGAGCGGAAGAAGCUCGCGAAGCUUCAGCAGGAGAUUGAUGCAGCGAGCGAAAAGCAACAGAAGGGCCUGGCGGAUGUCAAGGAGCAAGAGAAAGUCGUCGCUGAGCUGCACCAGCAGCUGCAAGACGCCGGUGGAGACGAAAUGAAGAAGAGGAAGAACAAGCUUCUGCUCGCCGAGAGAAACUUGAACCGCCUCAAGGAGCAGGUCGCGUUCCAGGUGAAGGAAGCGACAGACCGGCAAGUCGAGUGCGAGAAUUUGAAGCGCGCGAACGCGCGUCUCACCAAGGAAAUCGCUGAUCACCAGACGCGGCUGACGGAGAUCUCCGAGCAGCUUGCGCAGAUGGAGGAGGAGGCGAAGGGGGUGUUGGCAGAGAAGGAAAAGAUUGAUGAAGAAAGGAGGAAACUCGAGGAGGAGAUAAAAACACUCAAAGCAAAGAAAGAAUCAGUUGAAGAAGAGAUCAAGCAACUUGGCCUGAACACGCUCGAUGUUCAGCAUCAACUCACGACGCUGCAAGCUGCAGUCGAGCAAGCGAGUCAGGCGCGACAGGCGCAGCUGCAGGUCGCCUCGGCGUCACUCGAGAAGCUGAGCGAGCUGGACAAGAUGCUGCGCGAGGAAGGCGAAGUGGAUCCUGAGGAAGCGGUUGGGGCGGACGACGCCGAGAUGGAGGAUCUCGACGCACAGGACGAAGCCGGCAGGAGCCGACAGAAGAGGAGAAUCGUGGCAGAAGAGGGUGACGAACGCGCGUCCGACGCCGCAAGAGGAGCGUCUUCUGCUGACGCGGAAGACGAGGAAGCGGAGGCGAGCAGCGAGGACGAUUUCCCGUCGCUGCUGCGGCGGCGUUUCGGCGAGGUGCUCAAGCAGCUCCGCCUGGAGACGCGUCUCUCCGCCCCGCACCUGCGCACCCUGGACAAAAAGACGCUGCUCGCCGAGAAACAAAAGUUCGCGGUCGAUCAGAAGAAGGGGAAAGCCGCCGCCUCAGCUGCAGGCGCGGGCGAGGGCGGCGGCAGCCUCCACGCACUCGUGCUGUACAGACAGAAGAAAACAGAGUACGAGAGGAAGGAGGACGAGAUGCAGAAAGCCUGGAAGGCGCGCGAGGCUUCCAAGCGAAACGUCGACCUCCUCUGCGCAGAACGAAAGAAGGAGUUCAUGGAUGCGUUUGUGAUCAUCGCGGCCAAACUCAAAGAAACCUACCGGAUGCUCAGCCAAGGAGGCGACGCAGAACUCGAGCUGGUCGACUCCUCAGACCCGUUUUCAGAGGGCAUUCUGCUUUCCGUGCGGCCGCCGAAGAAAAGUUGGCGCUUGAUUCAGCAUCUCUCAGGAGGAGAGAAGACGCUGAGCAGUUUGUCACUGGUUUUCGCGCUGCACCACUACUCGCCCACGUGCGUGUACUUCCUCGAUGAAAUUGACGCCGCGCUCGACUACCGCAACGUCUCGAUUCUCGCUAAUUUCGUGAAGCAGAAAGCGAAGGACGCACAGUUCAUCAUCAUAUCACUGCGAAACCAGCUCUUCGAACUCGCGAACCGCCUCGUGGGAAUUUACAAGACGCACGACGUGACCAAGUCUGUCGCGGUCGACCCGGGGCGGUUCUCCUGCGACGAAAACAAAAACGAAAACAAAUCCGAAAACAGACUCGAGCUGAACGGCAACAAGCGCGCCGCGCCGGCGCUGGGUGACCAGGGCAAUUUCGCCGCACCCUUCGUGUCGCCGGUUCUACAGACAGGCCGCAAGCGGGAGGGGAAGGCGCGAGACGAGUUCGCGCAGACUCCGCUUCUGGAGCUUCCGGACGGGGCGUAA